GUCUGCUCCGCUCGUGGAAGGACGGAAGCCACCACCUACUUGUGCAGCGCUACAGUAUUUCGAGAGAUUUACGGCAAGGUUUCGGGGGCCACAGCGAGUACACAGUCGAACCAGAGAGAAGGGAAGGCUGGGAUACUGCGAGAGAGUAGAACACCAUACGAAAGCACAAAGGUCGGCCUCCCAGUCGCUACAAAAUGGCGACGACUACAACCUUGUCAACGUCGACGUCCACGGCAAUCGAGCUGGACCAGCGAUCGAACCGCCACCAACCGCCCCUGUCCAACCGCAACGCCACAGGCUCCUCUACCCAUCUCGCCACCGCCGACAACAGCGACAACGACAACGACCCGGUCCUCCAGGCCUCGCAGCUCGCGGACCAGUCCGUCCCCGAGGGCGGAUACGGCUGGGUCGUCGUGGCCGCGUGCUCCGUGCUGGCGUGGUGGGUCAUCGGCACGAGCUACUCGUGGGGCGUCGUUCAGGGCCAUCUGGCGGCCGAGGACGGCAGCCUGGCGAGCCCGGCGGUGCUGUCGUUCGUGGGCAGCUGCUCGACCACGAUCCUCGCGAGCGUCGCGGUGUUGAAUGCCAGAGUCGCGAGGCGGAUAAGCGUCAAGUGGGCGGCGCUGCUGGGCAUCGGGAUGAUUGGGGUUUCCGGGGUGUUGAGUGGGUUUGUCGUCGAGGGUGGACCUGAGGGCAAGGGCAGUGUUGGCGGGCUAUUCGUUACGGAGGGUGUACUCAGAGGUUUGGGUUCCGGGCUUUGCUUCAUUAUCACUAGCAGCACUCCCGCCCAGUAUUUCGUCAAGAAGCGCGGCCUAGCCAACGGCAUGGUUUUUGCCGGCGGCGGCUUCGGCGGUGCAGUUCUCAGCAUCGCCCUCGACCCGCUGCUCCGCAAACUCGGCCCGGCCUGGUCAUUUCGCGUCCUGGGUCUGAGUUGUCUGGCCACGGGACUGCCGGCAGCGUGGUUCGUCAAGGAGCGGACAAAGAGUCCCCGAGGUGGUGCAUUCGUGGAGUGGCGACUCUUCAAGAACCCCAGCUUCGUCCUCGUCUUCCUCGCCGGUGCGAUCGGCACCUUCCCGCUGCUCGUCCCGCCGUUCUUCAUCCCGCUGUACGCCAACGCGAUCGGCCUCUCGUCCGCCACGGGCGCCGGCCUGCUCGCGGGCUUCAAUUUCGCGUCCGCGGUCGGGAGGAUCGUGUCGGGCGUACUGUGCGACCUGAUUGGCCCGCUCAACGCGCUCUUCCUGUCUCUUGUGCUGAGCGCCAUCAGCAUGCUCGUGGUGUGGCCCGUGUCGGUGGCGCUGGCGCCGCUGGCAGUGUUUGUGGUGGUGAAUGGCCUUGCAAACGGGGGGUUCUUCUCGACCAUGCCGACGGUUGUGGGCAACGUGUUUGGGUCUGCGAGGAUGGGCGUGGCAAUGGGCAUGAUUGUCACGAGCUGGGCUGGUGGUUAUCUCAUGGGAGCACCCAUUGCCGGUUACCUGCUGGCGGCAUAUGGCGGACAAGAGGCUGGCUUCCAGGCAUACAGGCCGGCAAUGUUCUAUGCUGGAUCAAUGGCCCUCGCCGCCGCUCUGCUUGUCGAAGGUGUCCGAUUCAGGCAUUCUCGCAACCCAUUUGCGAAGCUGUAGUUUGGCUGUAGCAUGGACGUGUUAUCCUGUGUGACAAGACCACUGUACUAUACUUAGGUAAAUAUAACCCUUGGGUGUAUGACAAUUAAUUGAUGCACAUUGUGGUCAUGUACUAGACUUGCUUGCCCAUCGUGU